AUGAGGACAUAUGUGGGAAAACCUUCUGUUGAGUUUGUCGUUCUUGACUUUGAUUGCUUCUGUCUGGGAUGUGGACUGAAUAUUGUUCAUCUUGUUCUUGUUGUUGUCAAGUUGGGAGUUUCUCAUAAGCUCUGGGUGACUCCGAAGAGUGUUUGGUUUGAAUUGAUUUCUUUUAUUUUGCAUGAUCAUGUGCUGAAGUUGUGCGCUAACCGUGGUCGUCUAAUUAAGAUAGGGUUGCGGAUUGGACUGUAUUGGACUAGGUUGUGCUAUGUUGUUUGGAUCCUGUUGGGACUUAAUCGGGCUAUGUUGUUUGUGCAAGUUAAAUCAGAGCGGACUAUUUCUAAUCUUAGACUGGAUUGCGCUUACACUUUGACGUUUAGGGCUGUCGGCCCGAGUCCGACCUUGGGUUGUCGGUCCUGCGUUCUGAUAUAG